UUGUAUUUAAGCUGCUUGAUCUGAAAGACGCAGACUUUUAAUUUGACACGGUAUUCUUAUCCGGCAGUUAACAGGGCAGCUGGAGUUUUGUUGGCGCACAGAUGAGCAGCAGCGAACAUGGCAGGUCCCAGUAGGAAGCAGAUGUUGAGGUUUCUGAGCCAGUUAGGGGCGUUUAUUUUGACCCGGUUCGGAUUCUGGAACUGCUUCUGUAUGCUGAUGCUGUUUGCCGAACGAGCGGACUCAAAAAGAAAGCCGGACAUCCACGUCCCCUACCUGUACGUGGACAUGGGAGCUGCUGUCCUCUGCGCCAGCUUCAUGUCAUUCGGUGUGAAGAGAAGAUGGUUCGCUAUGGCUGCUGCCGUCCAGCUGGCCGUCAGCACCUACGCUUCAUACGUCGGAGAGCAGGUGUAUUAUGGGGACUGGCUCAAGGUACGGAUGUACUCCAGAGCUAUGGCCAUCAUCGGAGGCUUCCUGGUUCUGGCCAGCGGGGCGGGGGAGGUUUACCGACAGAAACCUCGCAGCAGGUCCAUGCAGUCCACGGGACAGGUGUUUCUGGGAGUCUAUCUCAUCUGCAUGGUAAGACUAUUGUUAGUUUUUUUUUAUUGUCUUCACGUGGCUCUUAUCCAAGCUAUCAUGAAAAGUGUUUUAUUAAGAUCAUAUAAAGACUCAAGAGCUUAAUUUAGUGUUAACCAGAGCUGCAACGAUUAGCCGUUCAAUC